AUGGUCAUCAAAGAUUCCAAAAGAACCCUAGGGUACCCAGUCACCUUCAACGAAGCCGACGUCAUUGAGAUAAAUAUGCGAGACGACAGGUUCCGGUACUGGGGUAUCGUGAUCUACCGAACCACUUACAAAAGCGAGUCGGACUGGGAAGAGUUCCUCCGCCGGUUCCUGGGCCAGGUCCGCCAGACACUAGAAUACUACGAAGGUCUCGACAUGUGGGAUUCGUUCCGGCCUACGGUGAUGGAUGACAAGAGUCGGUUUGACGGAGCGACACCCGCUCAGAUAUGA